AUGGCCCAAACAAACUUAUUCUUUGCCUGUGUUUUCUUUGUGCUGAUUUUCUCGCAAGAACUUCAGUCCAUAGAAGGAAAAAGGCACUUGAAGCUUGAGAGAAAACACAAAUUGUCAAAGCUCCCAACCUCUAAUAAGUUUGAAAGGGAACAGAAAAUUUUUGUCGAUAAGCAUAACGUGCAUGGUGAUAAUGACUCAGAUGUAGAAGUGCCUACUACUUUCUGGUCUCCACCUGCACCUCCGGUCCCAGCUGGUGAGGUUGUUGGCAUGCCUGGACUGUCACCCCCACCCCCUGGUCAUGUGGACGACUUCAGGCCCACUGCCCCAGGCCACAGCCCUGGCGUUGGACAUUCCAUUCAAAACUAG